AUGUACCGCACGGCAGCUUCACGAGCCAAGGCCCUUAAGGGCUGUCUUAGCCGUAAUUUGCGGGCAUCGCGCUAUGCAAGUUCUAGUGCUGUUGCAGCGAGUUCUUCUUCAACACCGGGUUUCGCCAGCUGGCUAACUGGAGGCUCCUCUACUUCGCUUCCUUCGAUGGACAUUCACUUGGCCGGUGUCUCUCUUCCACCACCACUCGCUGACAAUGUCGAGCCUAGCAAACUUAAGACGACUACUCUUCCAAAUGGUCUGAAAAUAGCCUCUGAGAUGUCUCCGAAUCCAGCAGCCUCCAUUGGUUUAUACGUUGAUUGUGGUUCUAUUUACGAGACACCUUAUUUCCGUGGAGCAACACACUUGCUUGAAAGGAUGGCUUUCAAGAGUACAUUGAACAGAAGCCAUCUUCGCCUUGUAAGGGAAAUAGAGGCUAUGGGAGGUAAUACUUCAGCCUCUGCAUCCCGUGAGCAGAUGGGUUACACAAUCGAUGCUCUCAAAACCUAUGUUCCCGAAAUGGUAGAAGUGCUUAUCGAUAGUGUGAGGAACCCUGCGUUCUUGGAUUGGGAAGUGAACGAAGAGCUCCGAAAAGUGAAAGUGGAGAUUGGAGAACUUGCAAAGAAUCCUCUGGGUUUUCUCUUGGAGGCGAUUCAUUCUGCUGGUUACUCUGGCGCAUUGGCGAAACCGUUAUAUGCAUCUGAAUCUGCAAUCAAUGGAUUGAAUGGGGACGUUUUGGAGGAGUUUGUUUCUGAGAACUACACUGCUGCAAGAAUGGUACUAGCAGCUAGUGGCGUUGAACAUGAAGAACUUUUAAAAGUGGUUGAGCCAUUACUUUCUGACCUUCCUAAUGUAACCCGACCAGCAGAGCCGAAGUCUCAAUAUGUUGGUGGAGAUUUCCGUCAACAUACUGGUGGAGAGGCUACACAUCUUGCGCUUGCUUUUGAAGUGCCAGGAUGGGAUAACGAAAAGGAAGCUAUUAUUGCCACUGUUCUUCAGAUGCUUAUNGGAGGAGGUGGCUCAUUCUCUGCGGGAGGCCCUGGAAAGGGAAUGCACUCUUGGCUCUAUCUCCGUAUUUUGAACGAAUAUCAGCAGGUUCAAUCAUGCACCGCAUUCACAAGUAUCUUUAACAAUACCGGAUUGUUUGGAAUCUAUGGUUGCACGAGUCCUGAGUUUGCUGCAAAGGGAAUUGAAUUAGCAGCUGAUGAAAUGAAAGCUGUUGCCGAAGGAAAAGUUAACCAGAAACAUCUUGAUCGUGCCAAGGCAGCAACGAAAUCUGCAAUUCUGAUGAAUUUGGAGUCUCGGAUGAUUGCCGCAGAAGACAUAGGUAGACAGAUACUUACAUACGGAGAGAGGAAACCAGUUGACCAGUUCUUGAAGACAGUAGACCAACUUACCUUAAAGGACAUUGCAGAUUUCACCACCAAGGUUAUUGCAAAGCCUUUGACAAUGGCAUCUUUCGGACACGUGUUGAGUGUUCCAAGCUAUGACUCCGUAAGCAGUAGAUUUUCUUGA